UAGCUGUCACCUAUUUUUUUAUCAGUCUGUGACCGGCAUUGAACACGAGAGAGGAAGUAAACCUCGAUUUAAUUUUUUACUAUUAUUUUAGAAAUUUAAACAGUUUCUGUGCUGGAAAAGUAGUAGGUUGACUCCAUAAAAUGAUUCUAAUUGGUGUAUUUGACAUCGCGAGCUGGUGGACUAUAGUCAUCGCUUUCCAAGUGGUUGUAAUUUCUACUUACUUCUUCUGGAACAAAAAGAAGUCUAAAACCUACGAUCCUCUAUGUAAUGGAAAGCCGAUAGAAUGGAACCCAAUUCCAAUAGUGGAGCAUGAUGUUACGGUAGAAGAACCUCCAUUCAUGGGGAGAAUUGAUGACAAUGUGUUGAAUGUGGGAAGUUCAAGCUUCCUUUCCCUUGACAAAGAGGAGUCUAUUAUGGAGGAUGCUUUGAAGUCUAUGGAGAAGUAUGGGGUGGGUUCCUGUGGGCCUCGUGGGUUCUAUGGGACUAUUGACGUCCACUUGGAGCUGGAGGAACGCCUGGCGAAGUUCCUGGAGGUGGAAGAGACCUGUGUGUACUCAUACGGGUUCUCAACUAUAGCCAGUGCCAUACCAUCAUAUUCUAAGAAGAAGGACAUUAUUUUUGCUGAUGAAUGUGUCUGGUUUGCGAUCCAGAAGGGCUUGGAUGCCUCCCGCAGUACCGUCCGCUUCUUCAAACAUAAUGACAUGGACCACCUUGAGAAGCUACUGUCUGAAGCUCAGCAGAAGAAGGAGCUGAACCCUCGGAGACGAGCCUUUAUUAUUGCUGAGGGCAUUUACUUUAAUACCGGAGAAAUGUGCCCCCUGAAGAGAUUGGUGCAGCUUGCCAGGAAAUACAAAUUGAGAAUAAUUUUGGAUGAAAGUCUUACUAUUGGGGUAUUGGGUAAGAAUGGACGUGGUUUAACAGAGCACCUGGGCGUGCCUCGCGAAGAGGUGGACCUGAUCGUGGGCUCGUUGGAGCACUCGUUCGCGACCAUCGGCGGGUUCUGCGCCGGCACACACUUCAUCGUCGAACACCAGAGGCUGUCAGGACUUGGAUACUGCUUCAGCGCGUCCCUCCCCCCGAUGCUGGCUCAGGCUGCCAUCUCAGCCCUCAACGUCAUCGAAGGCAAGCCCGCAAUCGUUGGAGAACUGAUCGACAACUCUAAGAAACUCAACAGCGCUCUCUCCAAGCUGAAACACUACAAGUUCCGAGGCGACGAGGUGUCGCCGGUAAAGCACAUCUACCUCAAGAAGGACGACUUAACAGACAGACUGAAACACUCCUACCUGCGUAAUAUUACCAACUACUGCCUCGAGAAAGGUGUCGCCAUGACACUAGCCGCGUACAUCCGAGACGUAGAAAUUAACUGUCCAGAACCUUCCAUCCGUCUGACUAGCAGCAGAAAACUCACAGAUGAAAGUAUCAGCUUAGUAUGUUCGUUACUAGAUGAGGCUUACGAGAAAGUAGGUCCCAAACCUGAACUACAGCCUGUGUAGAACAAUACCUUUGCCUCAACUUUAUAGUCUAUGGCAUUUAGGCGGGAAGUACAAUGUUUUUUUGUUUCUUUUUUUUUCUAUUUUUUGUUGUAAGAGUAAUUAUUUUUUUGUGUAAAUGUGUAAGCAUUAAUAGAAAGUUGUUACACAUAUCAGGAUAAUAUUUUGCACUGCAUUUAAGGAGCGAAUAUAGGUAAGAACUACAUUUAAUAUUUUAUUUUAAGUUAAGUUGGUAGUUAUUUAAUACUAAGUAAUAAUGCAACAGUACUAUCAAUGAAAUUAUAUUUGUUUUAUAUUUACUGUGUUCGUGGAACAGAUCAUACUUUAUAUUCUAUUGGGAUUCCAGUAAGAAAUACCUUAAAUAUUUUUUAUUUAUUUAGUUUAAGGCAACACUGAUAACAGAAGCAAGGAUUGGCUACUUACUUAGAGGAUUUAUUUUUGUAACGUUUUUUUAUUUUAAACUUCGAAUUUUAGUGUAAAUCCUGUCCCAGUGAAGAAUGAAAUAUAAAAUAUAUAAGAAAAGAAUAACGUAAAGGAACAAUACAUUUAUUUUAUAACUUAUUAUUUAUAGUUAAGUCGACAUUACUGUUAAAUCACGUGGAUCGUGAGUUAAAAUUCCAAAUAAUAAUUGUUGUUAGAUAAAUAACAUUAAUAUUACGCGUCAUUCUGCCUGCUGGUAUUAUAAUAAGAUGUUUAACUUAUAAUAAGUGUUUGUUUGAAGGCCACGGCAAGGAAACUUAAACCUUAAAGUGUUCUACAUUGGAUACAAAUCCAAUUACUUACGUUUUAUGUCUAGAUGGAUUGUCGAACUACAACAUACGUGUGUGAGUGACAAAUAUCUUUUACUAGUUUAUAUGGGUGUGCAUAGUGUUGCUAGUUGAUAAAAUGCUCCCAAAAUAUUGGUAAAAUUUGCCGAACACAUAAAAGUUUCGUUAAAGAAAAUAACAUUUUGGUGAAAGACAAUAAUGGCUCUGACAGUCUAUCUAGACAUACAUACAUUCAUUAAUAUAAUAUAUUCAGCAUUAUAUACUUUUUCCUAGUUAAAGAUGCUAUUAUUAUACCGUCACUUAGGUUACAUAUUUACUUAACAAGAUUAAAUCAGGUAAUAAUGAAAACAGGUUGAUUAAAUUCACAUUUUACUUAACAUAAUGCACAAAAACAAUUAAUUUCGGCAUAUUUUUCACCAAUCGAGUCAUCGGUGAUAAUAGCAUCUAGACAUCGCUGUACCAAAAAGAUCUUAGCUAAGUACCAAGUAGGUAUAAUUUGAGUUGAAACUCUUGUCAUUACGAACGCUUUCCAUUAAGUUGGCCUACUGUAUUCUACACUAAAACUCGGUAUCUACAUACAUUUAAGUGAUUACGACACGACAGGCCCGAGAUUAAUUAAAUAUAGGCACUGUAUCAUACAUUUCCCCCGAUCGAUUUCGAUCACGGUGGCCAGUCUAACUAGACUACCUCACUACGCAGGAGAUAUUAUAGGGCACAAGUGUGUGCGCAAAAGAUAAGUGCUCUCUCCUUUCCUCUGCUGGGACGUCGGACUGACACGACCAGAAAGAGAUCAGGCGCAGGACCUUAUAUAUAACUGGCCCCAAUAGUUUUAUUUGUCUAUUAUUUUCUUACAUGUAUGUAGAUACAAAAUCACUAAGUAUUACAUGUAAAACCUCAUUUUUCAUAGCAUCAGUAGUCAUAUUAUACUUAAUAUUAGUGCAUAUUUCUUCAAACGUAACUAUUUCUAUAUAUUUCCUUAAUUUAGUAUUAUGUAAAGUAAGAACAAUAUGUAUUGUGUUGUCAAUUCGUGUAUUUGUACAGGACAUACGUUGUAAACUAAUGGUCUCAAUGUUUAACUACUUAGAUCUUGUGUGAGGAAAAUAUCAACGGAAUCGCGAUGGCUAUGAGCAUCGUACAAACGUCAUUAUAUCCAAGAAAUAUUCUUUAUAACUGACAAUAUAUUUACAAUGAAAACAAUAACAUAUUGAAUAAUAAGCUUUUUUAAUAAUUUCAAAAAAUAUAUAUGGGGCUAACGCUUCCACACGCAAUAUGUAUCCGUGACCAGUUGAUCAUUAUACUGGCUAUAUUAAUCCUACUCGUAAUUGCAGCCCUAAGCGUGUACAUGGUGAAUCGAUUGAUAAUUUUCCGUUAUCGAUUAAUAAUUGAUUAAAUUACCAUUAAAAGUUUAUCGAUGUUUUCCUAUCGAAUACAUGGAAUUGACUCACUAUUUUCAGUGCCUUGAAUCUCAUUUGAUGUAAAAAUGUUGAAUAGUUAGAACACACAUUCCACACUGAGUAUUAUUGUUACGUGUUUAGACAAUAUAUAGUACAUACUUGUUAUUUUAUUAUUUAUUACAAACUGCCAGCUUGGUCACCAGAGUUACAUGUAUAUGGGAUCUUUAUUCCAACUCUGAUGACUGAAAAGAGGCUCUCCUACAAGUCCCUAACUGCCCACCUUUUUAAGCAAUGCAAGUGUGAUAAACUUAUGAAUAUAAUAACAUAAAUAAUUAAAUAAAUAAUGUGUGUUUUUACAUCAAAUGCUUGUUAUGUUACAAGGUGUAUUGUCACAAAGAUCAUGACGUGCUUAUAUUUAUAAUAAUUUAUUAUUAUAAUAUAAAAUUAAUAUUAUAAUUCAGCACAGUUCUUGUUAUGUUAUUACAUGAAUAAAUAUGAGUAUUUUUAAAA